AUGGAUAAAGUAAUUUAAGAAGGUUAAAAAAAUUCAUCCAAACAUGAAGAAUUGUUAAAAUUUCGGUUCCUUUAAUGUAGAUCCGAUCUUUUUGAUAAGGAAACUACUAAAUUAUUUUUGAAAUAAUUAUUUUUAGAAUAUAAAUAUGAUAAACUAUUAAAACAACCAAAAUUAUUAAAAGAUGAAUAUUGGAUUAAAUUAUUCUUUAUUUUAUAAGAGAAAUAAAAAAAAACAAUAAAAGAAUUAGAAUUAAUUUAUUAAGGUAGUAGAGAUGGAUUAAAUGGUAAUUCAUUUUGGAAUAAAUGUAAUGGUAAGUGUAAUCUACUUAUGAUAUUUUAAUCUUAGAGUGGAUAUAUCUUUGGUGGAUAUUCUCCAUGUUAAUGGUAAUGCAAUUUAAAUAGUUAUGUUUAAGAUGAUACAUUAUCAUCAUUCUUAUUCUCAUAAACACAUGAUUAAAUCUAUUCUUUGAAAUAGGAUUUAAAAUCAAGAGCCAUCUAUUGUAAUUCUGGAUAUGGACCUACAUUUGGAGGUGGUCAUGAUAUAUAUAUUAAUGCACAUGACUUUAAAGAAGGUAGUUCUAAUUUAGGUUAUUCAUAUUAAUGGGAUAAAUAUGAGAAUAAGAGAUCUACUCAUUUAUUUGGAUAAGAUAAACCAAAUAUUAGUGAAUGUGAAAUAUUUGAAUUAAAAUUUGUUUGA